UCACUCCUCGCACCUCUCCGCUUCCCUUCCUCCAUUGGCUGCUUAAUCCUUCUCCGAUCCAUCCAAAUCCUCGUCGGGGGCAGCGAUCGAUCGAUUCAUGGGCGGAUUCGGGAGGAAGGCGUACGAGUUCCUCUCCGAGCUCGGUCUCGGCCCCCGCAACCCCGGAUGCUUCGUGAACGGUGCCUGGAGAGGCAGCGGCCCCGUCGUCGCCUCCCGCAACCCCACCAAUAACCAGGUUAUUGCGGAGGUGAUGGAGGCGUCCAUUGAGGAUUAUGAGGAGGGUCUGCGGGCUUGCGCUAAUGCUGCUAAGAUCUGGAUGCAGAUUCCAGCACCUAAAAGAGGAGAGAUUGUUAGACAGAUUGGCGAAGCACUAAGAACAAAGCUGUACUACCUUGGUAGACUUGUCUCCCUUGAGAUGGGGAAGAUACUUCCUGAAGGGAUCGGGGAAGUUCAAGAAAUCAUUGACAUGUGUGACUAUGCUGUUGGGUUGAGCCGCCAGCUAAAUGGAUCUAUCAUACCAUCUGAACGUCCAAAUCAUAUGAUGCUUGAGGUGUGGAAUCCUCUUGGAAUUGUGGGCGUCAUUACAGCUUUCAAUUUUCCAUGUGCUGUGCUUGGAUGGAAUGCUUGCAUUGCACUAGUCUGUGGAAAUUGUGUGGUUUGGAAAGGUGCUCCUACAACGCCAUUGAUCACUAUUGCAAUGACUGAAAUUGUUGCACAAGUUCUAGAGAAGAACAAUUUGCCAGCAGCAAUUUUCACUUCAUUUUGUGGAGGGGCUGAAAUUGGUGAAGCAAUAGCUCGUGACACCAGGAUUCCUCUGGUCUCAUUCACUGGAAGCUCCAAGGUUGGUCUCUUGGUUCAGCAGAACGUCCAUAAAAGAUUUGGAAAAUGCCUGCUUGAGCUCAGCGGAAAUAAUGCUAUCAUAGUCAUGGAUGAUGCUGACAUCCAGCUAGCCGUGCGAUCCGUUCUGUUUGCUGCAGUUGGUACAGCUGGACAACGUUGCACGACAUGCCGUAGACUACUUCUUCAUGAAAGUGUUUACCAAACUGUCGUGGAUCAAUUGAUCCAAGUCUAUAAGCAAGUGAAUAUUGGGGAUCCACUGGAAAAGGGCACCUUAUUGGGGCCAUUACACACCCCUAUUUCAAAGGAGAACUUUGUGAAAGGUAUUGAAGUCAUUAAAGCACAGGGUGGGAAAAUCCUCGUUGGAGGGUCUGUUAUUGACUCUGAAGGAAACUUUGUUCAACCUACCAUUGUUGAGAUUGCACCUAGUGCACAAGUAGUUAAAGAAGAAUUGUUUGGUCCUGUAUUAUAUGUAAUGAAAUUUCAGACUUUAAAUGAGGCAAUUGAAAUAAACAACUCGGUGCCACAAGGUCUGAGCAGUUCUAUCUUCACACGCAAGCCUGAGAUUAUCUUCAAGUGGAUUGGGCCUCAUGGCAGCGACUGUGGUAUUGUCAACGUGAACAUACCUACUAAUGGUGCCGAAAUUGGUGGAGCUUUCGGUGGUGAAAAGGCCACUGGAGGUGGUCGAGAAGCAGGGAGCGACUCAUGGAAACAGUAUAUGCGGCGUUCAACCUGCACGAUCAACUAUGGAAGUGAGCUGCCUCUAGCUCAGGGAAUCAACUUUGGCUAAAAUUGGUGAUUUGAGUGUCCCUUCAACGCGAAACCUCUGCUAUCAACCCAUUCACAAGAUCAGCAGAUGUUUAACUUAGCUGACUUUUCAUAUGAGCAAACUCCAAAUAUGUCUCUCCUAUGAUCAUAAGUUGUGUUUCAGUUUAUCGCGUUCCAUUCCAACGACAAUAUAUUCAAUCAAUGACGAUAGCAUAGUGGGAUAAA